AUUUUGAAAGUUUUGCCCCUUAACACGUUAAGUCCCUCCUCUCUUCCAUAAACCCUAAACCCAAACAAGCCGUUAGUCAUUCUGCCGCGUUUCCACAAACACUCACGACCAUGGAGGCCGACACUAUGGCCAUGGAAUCAACGGAGUUAAAGGUGUCUGAGCUAUUGAAAGAGGUCAACGUAGAUUACUCUCCUCAGUUCAGUAAGCUCGUUGACAAUACCGUUUCCGCCAUCAAAGCCUCCAUAGACAAAAUCCCCAACGAUUUCAAGGUAACUGCAGAUUUAGCAUCGCGGUUUGUUGCGGACAUUGGCGCCGAUAAGGUCGAGUUUAAGUUUAAGAAGCCAGAGUUUAUCAAGACUGGUGGGAGUUACUCCACACAGAGUAUUGCGAGGCCUGAAGUUAAUGCUGAUCUUAUUAUCAGGUUACCAAAGGAAUGCUUCCAUGAGAAGGAUUAUUUAAAUUACAGAUACUAUGCCAAGAGGUGUUUGUAUUUAUGUUUGAUAAAGAAGUAUUUGGAGAGGUCUUCAUCUAUUGAUAGGGUUGAAUGGUCCACUAUGCACAAUGAAGCCAGAAAACCCUUGCUCAUUGUAUAUCCAGCUGCGAAGCUUGUUGAAGUUCCUGGUUUUUUUGUAAGAAUUAUUCCGUCCGCGAAGGCUAUAUUUAGCGUAGCGAAGUUGAACCUGAAGCGCAACAACAUUCAUAACCUGAGUAAUGGGAUUGAUCUUCAGGCUACACCGAAGUACAAUUCUAGUAUUCUGGAAGACAUGUUUAUAGAGGAUGCUGAAUUCGUGAACAAGUAUUUUGUUGGAUGGAAGGAACUAAGGGAGGCUUUAAUCCUGCUUAAGGUUUGGGCCCGGCAAAGAAGUUCAGUAUAUGUUCAUGAUUGCCUGAAUGGGUUUUUGAUUUCUGUCAUACUGGCAUACCUUGCUUCUAAGCAGCAUAUUAGCAAUUCAAUGAAGGCUACUGAAAUAAUCCGCGUCACCUUGAACUUCAUUGCAACCUCAGAGUCGUGGAACCGAGGGUUAUACUUUCCAAAGGAAGGCCAGAUCCAUAUUGCGAAGGAGCAAAAGAUUCAACUUAGAGAGUCAUUUCCAAUUCUCAUAUGUCAUCCAUCUGGAGGAUUCAAUCUAGCUUUCCGAAUGUCCAGGAUUGGUUUUACUCGGCUUCAAGAAGAGGCUGCUAUGACACUUAGGUGCUUAGAAAAGUGUAGAGAUGGUGGAUUUGAGGAAGUUUUUAUGACCAAGAUUGACUAUGCUGUUAAGUAUGACUAUUGUAUGAGAAUAAAUUUUAAGGGAAAGAAGGAGGUAUUUGCACUGGGAUUUUGUUUGGACGAUGAGUGCUGGAGAGCAUACGAGGAUAAAAUACAUGGUAUUUUAUCUAAAGGGUUAAAUGAUAGAGCAAGAGCCAUUCAAGUUACAUGGAGAAAUACACAAUGCCAGUGGAGUGUGGACGAUGGCUUGUCGGUAUUUGAUAAAGAGCCCUUAUUCAUUGGAAUUUCAGUGAGUACUUUGGAGAAAGCAUAUAGGAUGGUUGAUAUCGGCCCAAAUGCUGAAAGUAAAGAAGAGGCUCUUGAAUUUCAAAAGUUUUGGGGAGAGAAAGCAGAGCUUCGAAGAUUUAAAGAUGGUAGAAUUGCAGAAAGCACAGUAUGGGAAAGUGAGCAAUGGGCUAGAUAUCUUAUUUUGAAAAGAAUAGCGGAGCAUGUACUUAGUCGACAUCUUUCUCUAUCCAUGGAAGAUAUUGUAGUUGUUGUGGAUCAACUUGAUUUCUCUUUGAUUCACAGUGCUGGAGAUCCUAUAUCACACGCUGGUAGUUUGCUUGGGGCAUUUGAUGUUUUAUCAAAGCGCUUGCGUCUUAUUGAAGACCUUCCAUUGAAGGUGUCCAGUGUACUGCCUUUAGACUCUGCAUUUAGGUAUACAUCAGUGUUCCCUCCGGAACCUCAUCUUCUGGCUAAUGAAAAAAUUGAAUCUCUGAGAUUGAAUAAGUUUGUUCCAUCAUGCAUUCAAGCACUGGAAGUUCUGAUUCAGCUGGAAGGCUCUGGGAACUGGCCAAUGGAUGAAAUUGCAAUUGAAAAAACAAAAUCUAGCUUCCUUUUUCAAAUUGGAUUGAGUCUUCAAAAGAAGUGGGGGAUGACAUGCACUGCCACUGAGGAUAAUGUGGACGUACUAAUGUCAGGAUAUGCUUUCCGUCUAAAAAUUUUGCAUGAGAGAGGCCUUAGCUUGCUAAAAAAGGAAGUUGGGGAUGUUCAGGCUAAGCAAGUUUCUUCCAUUGACAAGAACCUUUUUAUCCGUAGUCAACAUGCUAAUAUGAUCAAUGGAUUACAAAGUCGUUAUCCAAUAUUUGGACCAGUAGCUAGACUUGCAAAACGAUGGGCUGCUUCACAUCUAUUUUCAGCUUGCAUGGUAGAAGAGGCUGUCGAACUAUUGGUUGCAUAUCUUUUUCUUAAUCCUUUGCCAUUUGAUGUUCCCUGUUCACGGAUCACUGGGUUUUUGAGGUUCCUGCGAUUACUCUCAAACUAUGAUUGGGCUUUCUCUCCAUUGGUUGUUGACAUAAAUAAUGACUUGAGCCAAAGUGACGAGAAAGAAAUAAAUGACAACUUUUUGGUAAGAAGAAAAAGUCAGGGUGAGAGUGGACAAAGUGUAGGACAAGCAAUGUUCUUAGCUACAGUUUACGAUAAAGAAUCUGAGGCUUGGACUGGAUUAUCACCUAGUGGAAUGGAACUGAGAAGGUUAGUUGCAUAUGCCCGAAGCAGUGCCAAUUUGCUGACAAAACUCACAUUUCAAGAAGAGUUUGGUCCAUACCGAUGGGAGUGCCUUUUCAGGACUCCUUUAAACAAUUAUGAUGCAGUAAUUCUUCUCCACAAGGACAAUCUCCCGUAUCCCCAAAGACUUCUCUUCCCUUCAGAAGUUAAUCAUGGAAUACAUGUUGCAGAAGGACAAGCCAGCAAGUGUUUUCAACCCUUUUUGUUGCCUAAAGAUUUGAAGGGCAGGCCAGAUGAACUUAAAAAUAAGUUGCUGGUGGAUUUUGAUCCAUCAAAGUGCUUUAUCAGAGAUUUAAAGCAUGAGUUCUCAGCCUCAUUCCAAGUAUGGCAUGAUUAUCUGGGAGGUGAUAUUAUUGGCCUAACAUGGGGGGAAUCAUAUUCUUCCAAGAAGCGAAAGCACGUGGAAGUGGUUGAUGAAGAAUAUAAUCCUUUGAAGGUGUUAAAAGCAGUGGGGGAAAUUGGGAAAGGAUUUGUGAGGAGUGUAUACUUUCUCAAGCCUCCAAGGCUCAGGGAUUAGUAUUAAUUUGGUCAUCUUAUCAAUAUGUAUAUUGAAAGAAUUUUGCUCGGUAACUAGCUAAUUAUAUCGAUAGAAAAUUUGCAUUAGUUAGAAUGGAGGAAUCAGUCAAUUGCAGGAUCAAUGUUGUAGAGCAAAAGAGUACCACUUUAUUGAGGGAAAAGGAGUUGCUGUAGAUUGAUAUCUAUGUUUAAUCUUCAUUGUACAUUAUUCCCUUCCACCUCCACAACUUGGGCAAGCCGAACAGUAGUGAGGUAAGAUUUCCUAAUUCUUCUUGCUAAAGAAGCAAGCGGACAAUAUGGCAUAAUACAUAGAGGAUAUAUUUCAAUCGAAUGUCUUAAUUCCCGACAUACAUACAAGACGUGAAGAUAAAUUUAUCCAUGCAUAGCCGGAUUAAUUAUUGCAAUGCAGCAAUGGUGUUUUGAGCUGGAAAUUUCAGACAAGCGUCUCUAGGGAAUUCUUGUGUACAUUAAUUUUUUGAACCGAUUAUUUUCAUAUAUUUCUGGGAUGUAGUGGCAUGUUGCCGUACCUCAUUUUU